GUCUUCAACAACGACAAAGGGCUUCUGAUUCACCCACCGCGGUUGUUUGCUAGCGAACCUAAAACAUUGAUGUGUAUAUUACUCUUGGUGUUUAGAACUGUUUACGUGUUUACGUUUCUACUAGUUCAUUUAAACGUGAUUUGAUACGGCACGAGGCUAAUCGCUCGGAACAUGAGCUCACUAAUCUCGACGGAGAAAGAAGCUCUGGUGAAAGGAGAGGAAGAAGCUUUCAGGAUGAAAAGGGAGGAAGAGGAGGCUAUCACAUUGAAAGAAGAAGAGGAUGAUAUUACAGUUAAAGAGGAAGAUGGGAAAGAGGUUGUCAGAGUGGAAGAAGAGGAGGUAGAAGCUUUCAGAAUCAAAAAGGAGGAAGAUGCCAUAACAUUGAAAGAAGAGAAUGAAGUGAACGAAGAGGAAGAACCUUUUGGAGUAAAAGAGGAAGAGGAGGAUAUCUCAAUAAAACAGGAGGAGACUGAAGUUCCGAUUUCCACCAGAGAGAGACAUGACUAUCGUGGAUCCUCUGGGGAGCCUCAACAUCCUGAUGCUGACGAGACAGAGAGGAGUCUCUCCAGAUCAGAACACCAGAUGGACAACGCUAGCCCUUCCACCCUCCCGGAGUCCCCAUGCCGUGCCUCUCCCAGUAGCACCUUACCGCUGGGUAUGAAGAGGUUGUCUGUGCUGCUGGUGGACUGCAGGAAAACAAUGGAGCUGACUGGAACUGUGAGAGGAGGAGAAGAGAAGGAUGGAUCAGAUUUGACACAUCAAACUCCAGUGGACAUUCCUGCAGUCAGCAUGCCAAUUACAAGCUCCCUCUGAGACAUCUGUGGCAUUGUGACAAAACGGCACAUUUUAGAGUGGCCUUUUAUUGGCCCCAGUGCAAGGUGUACCUGUGUAAUGAGCAUGCUGUUUAAUCAGGUUCUUGAAAUGUCACACCUGUCAGGUGAAUGGAUUAUCUAGGCAAAGGAGAAAUGUUCACUAACGGAUGUAAACAAAUGUGUACAUCAAAUUUGAGGUAAAUAACCUUUCAUGCAUGUGGAAAAAUUCGGGGAUAUUUUGUUUCAGCUCAUGAAACAUGGGACCAACACAUUACAUAGUUAUAUUUUUAAUCUUCCCAAAAUAUUUCACAUUCUUUUUUUACUUUACCCAAAAUAUCGUGACAUUAAUGAAAGUCAAAAUGUUAGAAAUGUGUGAACUUCCCUUUAUUUCUUAUUUUAUGUUUAAGGAAGUGUGUAGGUCACAUCCUGUAUCAACCCUUUCAACAACGGGGGGGAGAUGUUACUGAUGUGCUUUGUGUCUUCGACGUAAAAACAAGUUUUGGACUUCCACUUUAAAUGACUUAUUAUAUGUUUAAGGAAGUGUGUAGGUCACAUCCUGUAUCAUACAGCUAUGAAGGUUAUAUAUUUACAACCACCUGCUCGGUUGGAACCCAGUGAUGUCAUAAAACAGAAUUAAAAAUAAGUAAUGUAAAACUAAUCUAAAACAGAGAUAAUAAUAAGUAAUAGAGAGUAAUAGGAUACGGCGCCUGUCAAAUUUGAUUGAUUGCUGACCUUAUGACCUGAUGACCUGUACAGAAUAUGUGCCCCCGCCCCGCCCCCCCUGUUCGUGUGGUCAUGUGUUAGAGGGUGUUUGAACUUUUGGGGCCCAUGCCCCCCCCCUCCACCCCCCAGUUUUAUCUCCCUUAUGGUUGUUAUCUAUGAAGCAGGAAUGUCUGGGGCUAUAGAUAGCGCUGGGGCCUCAGCAUUAUAAAUGUCCAGAACAAGGCUUUCGAAACCCAGAACCGUAAACCCUAUUUUUUAAACAUGGAUUUUGCGAUCAGUGGCAAAGCUGUGAUGACUGUAGCCUCGGAGGCAGGACCGCGUCUGAAACAUCGAGAAAGGGCAAAGUAUACAGCCGCAAUAUACCA